UCGGACGCUGACACACAGAGACACUGGACACUGGAUUGUCAAAUGAAUUCAUCAGUAAGUAAUUGCGCCAGAACUAUCCAAUUGUUGUGCGGUUUCCUUCUGGUCGAGUGGGUUCCUGAGUCAGUGGGAUGUGAACUUGUUGUCGUUGGUCUGGUUGCACGAUUGCCUUGGCACAGACAGGCGUGACAAGUCCGUUUGAAUGGGCUGGAAUGCAUAAUGUUCAACGGAAAUCACCCUGACACAGUGACCAUGAUGCACGUUUGUUGAGUCUGAGAUCACUGCAGGGUCAAGACCCGUUUCAGUUCCAACAGGCCUACAGUCUGGUAGCAAAGCAAUGAAAGAACUCAGAGGUUCAAUUCCCCCAAAGAAUGUGUUCAAGUGCCAUGUAUUUUGGCAUUAUGUUGCUGUUCCUAAUAUAAUGGAUGUUUACUUAUUUUUCCUGAGGCAUCGCUACUAAUAGAUUUCAUUAAUCCUAAUCUAGAAGGUUGAAUAAGGACUUGGUUGUUGCGUGUGACUAAUGGCACACAUGCAGCAACGAGGUCCCUUGCUGUGAUAAAUCACAGGAAACUUUCUCCUUUUUUGUCCAGUUUUUUCUUUUAACGGUUUAAAGAGAGCGGGGGGUUGAAGUUGGGACGUUCCGCGGUUCCUCCUGGACAGUUAAGCUCCUGUCCCGCGUCUGAUAUACAGCAGCCUCUGAAUCAUCAUCCAUGUACUGACAAACAAAUGGAAAGCAGCUGGGCGAGAAUAUUGGGAUUUGCUCAGUGACUAGAGGGGAUACCAAGUCCCCAGGCAUCCCAAUGUUCUGUCCCCAGAUUCUCUGGCCAUUAGGCUGCGUGAAAAGCCGAAGCAGCACUUCACAUUAGAGUAUUCCGGUAAAACGGGAUGUCCGUGUGAUAAUGUUGACGGCCGAGUGGUUGUUGACAGCGGACUGAAUAAUUCAGUAAUCGGCCAUUGAUGGAUAAAAACCAUCCUGCCAAAGGAAGCAGCCUCAUUAGCUGUAACUGUCCAAUUAGCGUUCUGUCUGGAGGUGUUUGGCAGGUGAAUGAAAUGGAAUGAUGGAGAUGAAUGGACAAGGAGGAAAAAUAGGAAAGGUGCAAGGACAAUAUUGUCUAUGACCUCUUCUGCAUGCAAACUGUAAAGAGCAGGUAACGGUAAUAGAGGGAUCUUUAAGCUCAAUCGAAUGGCUCUUUAAUGCUGAAAAACAGUGUAGGCAGUGUAGGUGUUUGUGUACGAGAAUUAAGCCUACUUCCAAAUGAUGAGAUUCCAAAUGAGAUUGCUGUUUCUUUUGUUACAGCCUUUUCAGAUCAUGGAUGGCCCGAUGAAUAUGAAAAACAAAAUUUUUGAGAAGGCUGUAGUUAGUUAAGUGUUUUAUUUCGUUUCCGAUUCGGGCUUUGUCUAUUUACGAAAAGUGUGUGGGAUAAAUAUGGAAAUGUUUGGUCACUUUCAACUUCGGGUUUGUAGACCUGAAUCUGCUUUGCAGAUGUUUAAUUAAUGAAGUACUUCAGACGAGGACGAUAAUAACUCUGUAUUGAAGAGAAAUUAUUUUAUCCCAUACAUUGACAUAAAAACCUUUUUGAACGAGAGCCAACAGCAUCAGGCUGCUUUAUUCUUAGACCUACUACUUAACUUUCGUCUGGUCUAGUCUCUUCCUCGUCCCCUGCGUAUGCGUGUAAAUACCUCUUCCUCCUGUUAUUUUGGGGGAGUGUUCAAACUCCUGCAACAAGCCUUUUUUUUAAGACUGGGACAAAUCAGCAACCGUGCAGAUGCGUGUAGACAGCAAGGCGCGUGUCCGCGGCGGUCACAACACACAAGGGCUUCGGUUUGGCUAAAAAAGGGAGCGUUCAGCGCACGACGAGGCGGUGCUCUGCCAGAUGAAGAACGGACGCGGUCGUCGGUCGCUGAAAGACCUCCAGAAAGCCUGAAGAAAGAGACAUUUAAGAUGAGCCAAGACGGACUCAACAAGGAUGUAGUUUAUUGUUCUUCAUCUUGGAGAUCAGGCUGAAGUCAUCACCAUCCUCCUCCUACCCCUCCUUCUCCGUCCACCUCCUCCUCCUCCUCCUCCUCCUCCUCCUCCUCCUCCUCCGCCACGAUGAACGCCUCUUCGUCCCCCGCCGGCAACGAGAGCACCCCGCUGUGCUACUCCAUCAACACGCCCCCCUUCAACCGAAGCAGCACGGCCUUCACGCUGUCCGCCGUGUUCAGCAGCCUGGGGCUCACCUCCAACCUCAUCGCCCUGGUGGUGCUGGCCAAGGCCUACCAGCGCACGCGCAGCCGCUCGCGCUCCUUCUUCCUCACCUUCCUGGGCGGCCUGGUGACCACCGACUUCAUGGGCCUGCUGGUCACCGGCACCAUCGUGCUCACCUACUACCUCACCGGCUUCGACUGGCGCCAGCUGGACCCCCGCUGCCACUUCUGCAACUUCUUCGGCAUGUCCAUGGUGUUCUACGGCCUGUGCCCGCUGCUGCUCGGCGCCGCCAUGGCCAUCGAGCGCUUCGUGGGCAUCAACCGGCCGUUCGCCCGCUCGGCCAGCAUGCCCGGCAGCCGGGCGGUGUCCAUGGUGCUGGUGGUGUGGACGUUCGCCGGCGGCCUGGCCCUGCUGCCGCUGGCCGGCGUGGGGAGCUACCACCUGCAGCCGCCGGGGUCCUGGUGCUUCAUCAACAUCAGCUCGCGGGGCAGCGACCGGGUGUUCUCGCUGCUCUUCUCGGCGGUGGGCCUGGCGUCCAUCGCCGUGUCCUUGGUGCUGAACACGGUGAGCGUGGGCACGCUGGUGCGCGUGUGCUGCGGGCAGGACAGGGGCCAGCGGCGGCGGGACUACGAGGUGGAGAUGAUGGUGCAGCUGUUGCUCAUCAUGGUGAUCGCCACCCUGUGCUGGUGCCCCCUGCUGACGUACAUCCUAGGGUCGGCAACGACUGACCACCCAGUAGACCCAGACUUGGUUUUGUUCUACUUGCGCUUGGCCACCUGCAAUCAGAUAUUAGAUCCCUGGAUUUACAUCAUGUGUCAAGAGUCCCGAGUGAGGCGAGUGGAUUGCAUGAAAAAAAACUAAACACGAAAGUCUUCCAUCAUCACGCCAUCAUCUCCAUGUUCAGCGUCUGCGCUUCGCACACCCCCCCCAACGCCCCCAGCACAGCUCUACAUGCGUUAAAGCUCCCAUAUUAUAUAUACCACCAGCUGGGAGUGUGAUUAGCCGUUACAAGCCGGCAUACAUCUAGUUGGACACGCCCACUUGUGAUGUCAGAAGAGGCCGAUUUUCAAAACGGCUUGUAACGGCUAAUCACACUCACACCCGGUGGUAUAAUAUGUCACCUUUAACGCAUCGCUUGUCAUUCAACAUCUGUCUCUGUGUCCGAAUCCCACCGCACAGCUGCGUGUGGAUCCAUCUGCUUUCAGACGUCUUGGGGGUCGACUCUGAUGUUUGCAUUAGUUUGAUUCCCAAACGACUGAUUCAUCGAUUUUGUUUAUUUUUUCCGAAAUGUUGAAUAUUGUCAGGAUCACGUAUUGCUCUCUCUCCACUGGGCUACUGACAACCCCCUCCCCCCCCCCCCCUCCCCUCCCCCCCCUCCCCAAAACUAUCAUCAUAAGAGUUUCCUGAUUCAAAUACAUUUUAAAUAUUUAACAUUGAAAUAAAAUAACUGAUUUUGAACUCAGGACCAGCAUGUAGUUAGGAUGCACCAUUUUGAAAGAUUAUAAAUUCAUAUUUAUAUUAUGAUGACGUUUAUUAUAAGACGUUUUGCAUCUUAAAUCUUUCACGAAGCUCGACAUAAGAGUCUGUUUCUGGAAAGGGAUCCUUUGGUGCCGUGAAAAGGUAAGAAAGAAGAGGGAAAGAGAUGGCCUCAUAUUUAGUGAGCAGAGAGCCGCAGCAAAGACGGACAAAACAACUUUGUUUUAGCAACCGUCACAACAAUGCUGCGAUGAAAUUAGCCAAGCCAACUUUUUCUCCCCCUGCCUCCUCCUUCCCUCGCCCCUUCGCGAUGCAGACUAGUAAAUGCAUGUUGUGCAUGCAUGUCUGAAUAUGUUUUUGUUUUUGUGUCUCUGCUAAAUUUAGUAGCGUUAAUUGUUUUCCUUCAGAUCAACCUGUUACCUUUUUAUUGCCUUGCAUUCUCACGGGACAUGUCCUCUGCUGUUUGAUUCAUAUCAAUGUGUUUUUCUCUUUUGUUCGUUCCUCUCCCUCCAUAACUCGCCCGCCCUUUCCUCGCUCACCACCUCGCCCAUCUCCCAUCCACUCCACCCAUUGUUUGCCCUCUCCCUCUCUCUCUGUCUCUCUCUCUUCCCCACUCUCACUUUCUCUUUUAAUCUAUCCCUCUAUCUUAAUCUCUCUCUCUUCUCCCUCUUUCUCUGUCUCUCGAACUCUGUC